AUGGUGGCUCUACAUGGUGGCUCUAUCUGUGACAGCAGGCGGGGACUGGGGCACAGGGACAUGGGGGAGUCAGAUUCAGAGGAAGAUGAACCAGCAAAGAAGAAAAAUACUCUUCAGGGACGCGGCGAGGGCUCGGGCUUGUCCGCUCUGCUUCCUCAGCCCAAAAACCUGACAGUGAAAGAGACCAACCGGUUACUCCUGCCCUACGCCUUCUCCAGGAAGGCGGGAGACAACUCCGACUCCAAGCCUGCCAAGGCCCCGACCUCGUCCUCCUCCAAAGCCAAACCCGCGGCCAAGCCGGCCGUGCCCACCACUCCGUCCCCGUCGGCCAUCAAAGCCGCGGCCAAGAGCGCGGCGCUGCAGGUAACCAAGCAGAUCACGCAGGAGGAGGAGGACAGCGACGAGGAGCUGGAGCCGGAGAACUACUUCUCCUUGUCCGACAGGAGCGAGCCCAGCGCCGCGGCCGAUUACUACAGCAGCGGGUACUACCCGGAGGUGGAACCAGCCCAGGCACCGCCGCAGGAGACGAGCACCGACUCCUCCUUCAUCGACGACGAAGCGUUCAAGCGUCUGCAAGGCAAGCGGAAUCGGGGGAGGGAGGAGAUCAACUUUGUGGAUAUCAAAGGUGAUGACCAGCUGAGCGGGGCCCAGCAGUGGCUGACCAAGUCCCUGACGGAGGAGAAGACCAUGAAGUCCUUCAGCAAGAAAAAAGGAGAUCAGCCCACGGGACAGCAAAGGAGAAAACACCAGAUCACAUACCUGAUCCAUCAGGCCAAGGAGAGAGAGCUGGAACUGAAAAACACAUGGUCUGAAAACAAGCUCAGCAGACGGCAGACUCAGGCCAAAUACGGAUUCUGACACAUCUGUCCCACUUUUUGGCUGGCGUCCCGCGUGACCUCCCGGGAGAUGAGCCGGGCCCCGCGCAGGACGGGGCUGCUCGGCGGGAGGGAGGACACUGAGCUACCUUGCCUGGCAGGAGGAAGGUUCAUUGCAAGCCAGUCCUGAUGAAACUCCACCUGUAAUCCUUCCCUUCCCUCCUUGUAAACGAUAACGUGGAAGGUUCUGACCAACGAGGACGGUCCCGAGGUGCCCAGGGAAUGUGCCGGGAGCGAGGCUGGAGCUCCUGUCCCGUGGGAGCAGAGGCUGG